AUGAGCAGCUCCACCAUCGACGCCAUAAAGCCGCUCCAGAGUUUACUGGACGCGUUCAGCGCGCGUCUAACGCGUAUCGAAGCGCAGCUUGGAGUCGAAGGAGCGUCUGCGUCUUCCCCUUCGUCUCCCGGUCCUCCAGCGGCCGCUACAUCCAUCGAGUUGUCGCCCCAAGUCGAAGCGUACGACGCCUACGUGGCUCAAUACCUUCCGCCGUUUCUCUCGGCGUGUAAGAAGCUCGGCGACGAUACGCGGCGACUUGGAGAAGUGACGGAAAAGGCCUUUGCAGCGCAGCGCGCGUACCUUUUGAUGGCGAGUCACUGCAAGAAACCGUCGACGCUGAAUCCGGAGCAUUUGAAGAACCUUCAAGCGUGUAUUAAGGAGAUUAACGCGCUCCGGGACAACCGGAGCGACUUUACGAACCACCAGAACAUGGUGAACGAGGGGAUCCAAGCACUCGGGUGGCUCUGCGUUGAGCCUGCCCCGAAACCUUUUAUUGAGUCGUACGUGGGCGGCUCGGACUUUUGGGGCAACAAGAUCCGUGUGCAGUACAAGACAUCUGACCCGGAUCAGAUCGCCUUUGUUACGUCGUUCAAGAGUCUCUUGACUGAGUUGAUGGCGUAUGUCAAGGCACUGCACACGACGGGUGUGACGUGGAACCCGAAAGGUGGAGAGGUGGAGAGCUACGUCCCGUCGGAAGGUGCCUCCUCUUCGACCUCGACAGAUGCUACUGCCUCUGGCUCUGGUGGUAUCGCCAAUGUGUUUGCUGGUAUCAUGAGUAUUGAUCAGAGCAGUGGCAAGACGGCAGGACUCAAGAAGGUGACCAAGGACAUGCAGACUUGGCGCAAAGACUAUAAGCCGGACAGUGGGCCACCUCCUACACCUGCACCUGCAGCAGCUAAAAAGCCGGCAAUUGCUGUCAAGACUACAAAGCCUGCUAUCUGCGAGGAACGCAACGGCAAUUGGCAGAUCGAAUACCAAACUGGUUCUGAACCCGUCACUGUCAAUGGCAUUGUCAUGAGGCAGCAGGUCUAUAUCUUUGGCUGCGAGGGUGCCACUAUCGUGUUGGAAGGCAAAGCUAAGAACAUUGUGUUCGACUCUUGCAAGAAGACCAAGCUCAUUUUUGACAACGCCGUGUCCAGCAUUGAGAUUGUCAACUGCAAGGGCGUGCAGGUGCAAUGCAAGGGCGUAGUGCCGUCUGUGGCCAUCGACAAGACGGACGGCUGUCUCGUGUACGUAUCGUGGGAGGGCCGCGAGGUGCAGUUUGUCACAUCGAAGAGCUCCGAGAUGAAUGUGGCGUUCCCGCAUGGCGCCAACAGCGACGAGUACGUGGAAAAGCCGAUCCCAGAGCAGUUUGUGCACAAGAUCACGGACGACCUGACCAUUUCGUCGGAUGUCUCGGACUUGUACUCGCACUAG